UCAAUUGAGAAAUUUAGUCGUCAAAGAGUUGUAUCGCUUAGCGAUUCGUUGGCAUUACUUUCUGUAAAUUAGUUCAGCUUCCGCACAGCCACGACGGUGCUUGUGGGACGCGCGUAGGUAGAAUGUGUCUCAAAAGUGGAUAGUCGAUAUACAUACAUAUAUAGAUAUAUAGAAAUCUAAGAAGUUACAGACAAAAGUACGCGCCAAAUUGUUCGAAUGUAAUUUUAUCCAACUCUGGCCUGUUAUAUCAUACGCAUAAAUUUGUUUGUAGCCAAGUGAUCGUGUGUGUGUGUCAAGUCUUCCAGCAAUUGAGUUAAUUGCUACAAACCAGUUGGAAGUGUUAAUUAGUUGUCAUAAUUAAGAGCUGUGUAUCAAUGUGAAGUGCUUGCCUUUGUUAUUGACAAUGUGUAGUACAAGUGAAAUUGAGUGAAGCCGCGUACGAAUUGCCUUAAGUUAAAUACACUCCUUUUAUAAACAGAAGCCACUUUUUAUCACAUUUAUUAUUAUUCUUACUACAAUUCUUCCACAACUCCAUCAUGACCACGAACGGCAAUGGUUAUUCACGCAAUUCGAAUGGCGCUUUGCCGUCAAAUGGCACAACGACUGUGCUUAAGUAUGAGAAAUCGUCAUGCCUCUUCUGCAACGAAUGGUUCGACUCGCAGACUUUUACGGAGCACCUCAUACAUUGCGGACAAGUAUUGGAACAGUGCCCGCAUAAUUGCAACGCCUUCGUGCCACGAAUUCGCAUGCGCACACAUCUAAAAGAGUGCCCACGAGCCAAAGCGCAACCACAACCGUCCAGCAGCCUUGAGCGUCUCGACCAAUUCAUGGACAAUCGCGUAAAUCAGCUUGAAAAAGAUUUGAGCGCACUGCGUUCGGUGCUUAAUGAGGAGAUCGGUCAACGUUUGCAUCUGAUCACAGAUGUUGGCAAUUUGCGUAAAUACAAUCAGGUCUUGGAAGAUUGGAAACAUGACGCCGAUGAUGGUUUGAGAAGCGUCAAAGCGUUACUCAAUGAAGAGAUCGUACAACGACAGUUCGAAGUGGGCGAGGCCUACAAAGACAAUGUGGCCAAUUUUGAAAUGAUAAAGAAAGUCAAAGCCGAUAUACAAGGUGAGAUGGAUGUGUUGCAUAAGAAUAUACAACAAUUGUCGGUGGAAGUGGCGGAACAUGUGAAUCACUUAAACGAUAACACCAUGAAACUGGAAGAGAUGAUCUUGGAAAACGAGAAAAAGAAUCUUGACAAAUUCAUCGAAAUCGAAGAUUUCUUAAAUGUCAUCGAUGGCGAUUUGAAAACCAAAUUUGUGGCAAAUAGCGAUCUGAAUGCCAAGCAGGCGAAUAUGGAUCUAGAGGUGAAGAGUAUGAAAAAUAUCGUUUGUGAAACUGAAGAGCGUUGUGAAAAGUUGGAGGGUAUAGUGAAUCAAAUCGACACUAAACUGCAUCAGACCAUGCAAACCCUGGCGGAUUUGGAGAAUCAUUUGGCCACCCAACAACGGCUCACCAGCAUACAAAAUACAAGAGGUCAUUUGAUUUGGCGUAUCAAAGAUUUCUCCAAGAAGCUGGAAGAGGCAAAGCAAUACGAAACGAUACUGCAUAGCGCCAUGUUCUCCAACAAGCCAUAUGGUUAUGCGCUGCGCCUCGACAUACACCCCAAUGGUAAAGGCACAUGGAAGGGUCGCAAUCUGAUCGCAUGUCUCAAUGUAAUCGCCGGCGAGUACGACGCUUUGUUGUCCUGGCCUUGCCGCCUGCAGGCCGACAUCAUUAUACGUGCUCAAUUCAGCAAUGGCGAAGAGUCGCAGGAUUAUGUCAAGACGAUUCUGGUGCGUAAGAAAAACGACGAAUUCAUACAGAACAAUCAGUACUUUCAUAUACCACAUAAAAUUAUAAUGAAUUCGAAUUUUUUGCGCAAUGAUUCGCUAUAUGUGGAGGUGCGGGUUUUAAAGUGACAUAAUUGGGCUUAUUUACUACUUUAAUUAUAAGAUAUCCAUUUAAAUAUUUUUUUGUAUAUAAAAUAAGCUUUCCAUUUGUAUGUUUGAUUAGAUAAGUGUACUAGUAUCUAAGCUAACUUUUACAUAUUAAUUAUUUUAUAAAAUUUCAGUGAAAAGUUGGGAAAAUAAAUGUUUUUAAGCAGACACUGCUUAAAAUAAUAAAUCUUAUGAAUAAAGGGCGGCUUUAUUUGGAAUUAAAAUAGAUGCUUUGGAAUGAAAUUAAAAAAAUCGUUAAUAAUUUCUUAAAACGUAACUCCAUGAAUUCUGAAUAAGCUGCAAAAGUUCGUCAUUCUUACUUCGACAUUUUCCUCUUAAUGUAUUUCACUGUAUUCCACACAUUUUAAAUGGAAUUUAGAUCUGACGAUGGCGGUGAUCACUCCAUCAUACUGAAGUUAUUGACCCCAAACCACUCUUUUGUACGCUGAGCCGUGUGUUUAGCGUCGUUGUCCUAAGUUGAAUAUUAUCUUCAGAGUACUGUAUCAUACAUUUUUAGAGGUUUGCAACAUAAUUGGUUGCCCGAUGUAUGAAAACAAUCCCCAAACCAUAAAGUCAUAUUUAGCGGUGUUAACCGUGUACUUAAAUCACACCUCAUGUUCUUCAAUAAACAUUAGCAUUUGUUACACUUUCCUUUUUGGACGUCUUAUAGCCUUAAGAUCUUUCUUUUGUAAGCAUUUUGCUGAUAGUUGUUGAGCCAACAAUAUUUAAAUCACAUUUAAUUGGUUUUGAGGCAAUAAAUGAAUUCUAUUUAACAAACAAUGAUAUUUUGGACUUCCUGCCGUGUGUUUCAAUCUGCAGAAACCAUUUACAUAAUUGGUUGUCCAACCAAUGUUUUACAAACAUAAAAAAAAAUUACUAUUUAUUUGUACGAAUUUCCCUGCUUGACUAAAUUUUUCGAGUUUUAGAAUCAGAGGUCUUACACUUCCCCAUAUUUCUUUAAUAAAAAGCGAUGAACUGGUUGGUUCUCAUUCACAUUUUUUCUUGCCUUACUAAAAUUGUAUUGUAGUUUAAUUUUUAUGCAUCACUCUUCUUAUUAUUUUUCACAUAUCUAUAUAUGAUAGCUGUACGAGUUAUACGACGACAUUGACAUAGUUCAGCGAAUAAAAAGACAGCGGCUACGCUGGCUAGGUCAUGUUGUCCGAAUGGACGAAAACACUCCAGCCCUGAAAGUGUUCGAUGCAGUACCCGCCGGAGGAAGCCGAGGAAGGGGAAGGCCUCCACUCCGUUGGAGGGACCAGGUGGAGAGCGACCUGGUUACACUUGGGAUCUCCAACUGGCGCCGAACUGCGAAGGAGAGAGACAGGUGGCGCACUAUCGUCGAUUCGGCUAUAACCGGCUAAACGGUUGCAACGCCAAUCACAUACAUAUAUGAUAUUAAAAAGAAUAAUCUAUGGACGAAAUAAGUGAUAAUCCUCAAAGACAUUGAGAGUCAAACCAAUAUAUUAAAUAAUUUGUAAUUAAUUUCAUAUGUUUGUACGUUUGUUGAUUUAUUAUAUUUUAUUUUAUUUUUUCAAAAUGGAUAUACAUACAUAUGUAAGUGUAAAUGAAAUAAAUUUGUAUGCAUGUAUUAUGUUUUGAAUGAUAUAAAUAUCGCAAAAAAAUAGUAUAACUUUUUAUAUACGUAUUAUGAAAAUUUAAGCAUAUAAAUGCACAUUGAUAUUGUCAUUAGUUGAUGUACGACACAAAACAUUAAAUUAUAUUUUAGAGAUUUGCGAUAGAGAUUAUUCAAUUUUUUAAUAUUUUCAAUACAAAAGGAAUAUUUUGAAAUAAUAUAUAUAAACUACACUUAGUUAGGUUACCACACUUAUGCAGAAACACUUGAAUAUUGACUAUAAAAAUAGUAUGAAUUUUAUAUAGUUUAAGGCGUUUGAUUGCAUAUAUUCGAAAUACAAAAUAGUCAUACAUUCCAGCAUUGGAAUUGUCAAUUAACAGCUAAACAAUACGCAAUUAGCAAAUUCACAUUGAGGAUAGCAAAAAUUAAUCAAUAUAGUAUACUGCUGUAAAACU